CUGACAGGCACUCUUCCGCCCGAGCUUGGCAACCUCGACUUGAUGAGUAUCAACGUGAUCAAUACCAACGUCUCCGGUACCAUUCCCAUGGAGCUCAGCCACAUAUCAGAGCUGACCAAUCUCUCGAUUACAGGGUAUGCGGUUCGGAGCAGGCUCUCUGGCACGAUUCCGGCAGGGCUCGGCAAUCUCUCGAGGCUGGCCAUGCUCGAGCUCUGGAGUAACAGGCUCUCUGGCACCAUUCCCGAAGCGAUCAGCGAUUUCUCAGAGCUGGAAAGCCUCGACCUAUACAACAACAACAUUUCUGGCACCAUCCCAGCAGAGCUCGGCAAUCUCUCGAGGCUGUCCAGCCUCUCCCUCGCUGGCAACAAUCUCUCUGGCACCAUUCCCGAAGCGCUCAGCAAACUGGCGUUGACAAAGCUCGACCUCUGGGGUAACAGGAUCUCUGGCACCAUUCCCGAAGCGAUCAGCCAUUUCUCAGAGCUGGAAAGCCUCACCCUCGGCAAUAACAGUCUGUCGGGUACGAUCCCGUCGGACCUCAGUGCGUUGUCACACCUCAGCUUUUUAAUCCUGGACUACAACAACAUUUCCGGCACUCUGCCC